AUGCCAGUGAGCACGACGCCCCAUCCGAAAUCUCUGAAGAGGAAAAGGGCAGAAGAUCUAGGAGCACUGGACAAGCGAGUGAACGAGAUCGACUUGAAAGAGGAUCUGGAUGCUUUCGCACAACUUCCCCUAUCACAGCCAACAGCUGCAGGCUUGGAUAGUUCGCAUUUUAAGAUACUUACCGAGAUUCAAAGACAAGCUAUUCCUCGUGGGCUGCAAGGCUUCGACAUUCUUGGGGCUGCAAAGACUGGCAGUGGAAAGACUCUUGCGUUCCUUGUCCCAGUACUAGAGAUUCUCUACAGAAAAGCAUGGACCGAACAUGAUGGCUUGGGAGCCCUCAUAUUAUCACCAACACGGGAAUUGGCAAUCCAGAUUUUUGAAGUCUUGCGAAAGAUUGGUCGAUACCACACGUUUUCGGCCGGCCUUGUAAUUGGCGGAAAGAGUCUUCAAGAGGAGCGCGAGCGACUUGGAAGAAUGAACAUUCUAGUAUGCACGCCUGGAAGAAUAUUGCAGCAUAUGGAUCAGACUUCUACGUUUGAGAUUGAUAACCUCCAAACGUUGGUGCUUGACGAAGCGGACAGGAUAAUGGACAUGGGCUUCCAGAGCACGGUUGAUGCAAUUGUUGAGCACCUACCGAAAAAAAGACAGACGCUUCUGUAUUCUGCUACGCAGACGAAGAAGGUAUCUGACCUUGCUAGACUAAGUCUAAAAGACCCAGAGUAUAUAUCUGUUCAUGAGACAGCUGGUAGUGCUACGCCUUCUACGCUUCAGCAGAAUUACAUCGUUACACCUCUUCCAGAAAAGUUAGACACAUUAUGGAGCUUUCUGAGAUCAAAUCUUAAGUCCAAAAUUCUAGUGUUCUUCUCUUCAGGCAAACAAGUCCGAUUCGUGUAUGAAUCUUUCCGACAUAUGCAGCCCGGUAUCUCUUUGAUGCAUUUGCAUGGCCGUCAAAAGCAAGGUGCCAGGCUUGACAUUACUUCUAAAUUUGCAACCUCCAAAUACUCUUGUCUUUUUGCGACUGACGUUAUCGCGCGAGGCCUGGAUUUCCCAGCCGUUGACUGGGUGAUACAGCUUGAUUGUCCAGAAGACGCUGAUACAUAUAUCCAUCGAGUAGGCAGGACUGCUCGCUACGAACGGGACGGGAAAGCUGUGCUAUUUCUUGAGCCCACCGAGGAAGAAGGGAUGAUCAAGCGGCUGGAACAAAAGAAAGUAACAUUAGAAAAGAUCCAUGUCAGGCAGAAGAAGCAGCAGAGUAUUCAAAGCCAGCUUCAAAACAUGUGUUUCAAAGAUCCUGAAUUGAAGUACUUAGGUCAGAAAGCUUUCAUUUCCUACGUUCGCUCUGUGCAUAUUCAGAAAGACAAGGACGUCUUCAAAUUGAACGAUUUACCACUUGAAAAGUUCUCGGACAGUCUAGGCUUACCAGGCGCACCAAGAAUCAAAUUUGGGAAGGGCGACACCAUGAAAGCGCUGAAAAACGCUCCGAGAGGCGUCGCUCCAUCAUCUGCUUCCGAGGCUGAUGAGCCGGACAGUCAGCCUAAGGAAACUAACAACGCCAGAGAGAAAGGCACACGAACAAAGUACGAUCGAAUGUUCGAGCGCAAAAAUCAAGACAUUCUUACAGACCACUACAGCAAACUCAUCUCUCACAAAGCACCCCAGCAAUCGGCAUCAAGUGCCAACGACUCAAGCGACGAAGAAGAACUCGGGUUUAUGAAAGUGAAGCGCCGCUUAAGCAACACAGCCGUCUCCGCCUCAACAAGCGACGACCACACCAGAAUAACGGCACCAACACGUAGAGAUGCGCCUGCUCACACUACUAGCGGGAUAGGCAAGAACAACAUCUCAGCACGCGCCACCAACGGCUUACUCACGGACCAGGCUCUAGUAAUCGACUCCAAGCGGCGCGAGAAGCUGUUGAAGUCGAAAAAGAAACUCCUCAAGUACCAGGAGAAAGGGAAGAAGUUGGUGUAUGAUAGCGACGGCAAUGCGCAUGAGAUCUAUGAGCUUGAAGAUGAAGAGAAGUUUAGAGCGCAGGGUUUGGCGGAUGCGCAAAAGGCUGGUUUCGUGAGUAGGGAGAAGGAGAGGCUGAAGGCUGCGGAUUUGGUAGAUAAGGAAUCUGUCAAAGCCAAGAGGAGAGAGAGACGUGAGAAGAAGAGGGCAAAGAUGAGAGAGGGUGGUGAUGGAGGUGAGGAGGAAGAAGGAUACGGAGGAGGUGUACAACUUGUGCCCUUCGAGGAAGGUGAUGGGGACUUUGGUGGCCUGAGCGACGUUGAAGAAACUGAUGAGAUUUGUCAGGCGAAGAAGAAAAGGGAGAGGCAGCGGAAAGCCAAUUUUGAGGAUGGAGAGGAUGGGCUUGAAGGGUCGGAAAGACUUGAAGAUCUUGAGGCUGUAGUAUCUGGUUUACUCAAUGAAUGA